AUGGAUCAAAUCAAAUUAGAAUUAUCCAAAUCCAUUAUACCCGAAAAACUAGCCAAAGAGUGCAAAUGCCUCAUACAAUACAACUACCUGCUUCCUUGUUACCACACACUCGCCAAAUUCGAUACCAUCCCAAUCUCCUGCAUCCCAAGACGCUGGAGAAAAAACUAUCUAGAAGGAGAAAACCAUUUAACUAUCCAAAAUGCAACCCCAGUACCCCCAAAUAUCAACAAUAUCAAACCAAUAACCUCAGAAUUCAACUAUGCUCUUGAGCUUAUUUGCGAACAUUUUGCCAAUGCUCAGAGCGAACAAGAACAAAUCAAUAUAUACCAAUUGAUAGAAAAAACUUUGAAAAAAAUCGACGCACAGAAAUUCAAAAACCUUAAGGGCCCAACAGUAGUCGAAGCCAUUAAAGGCCAACCAAAAAAUACCAAGCGCAAGAUGAUUGCAUUAGAGCAUUGCAUCAAUACCAAAAAAGAAAAAAUCACAAAAAAAAUUAAAACAGAAAAAGAACAAAAAAAGCAAAAAAUAUCCUCAGCUAAAGAGCAAAAAGCCAUAAAAAAUAUUAUCAACCUUGGGUCACCAUGCGAUUCCACAUUACUAACAAAUCUCACAAUCGCACCAAAACAUAUAUCAACAAUCUUUUCUCCUGAAGCAGACGGAAAUUGUGGGUACAGGGCGAUAGCAAUGGAAGUGUACCAGGACCAGGAGGAGUGGUCAAAAGUAAAAGACAAAAUGCUAGAAACAUUUUUAAAGCACCAAAACAACUACUACCACGGAAGAAUGGAGCAUGGCAAUAUGCCUGCAUCCAAUAACCCACUAAUUUGCAGUCUCCAAGACAAGCGCUCACCUCUCCCCCAGCAACAUUGGUUUGGUACAAUCGACCAUCCUCAACUUGUAGCCGAUACAUUUAGCAGAGCAGUGGCUGUAUAUUGGAAUACUCCAAUUGAAACAGGCGACUGUCUUUUUGUUCCAUUUGCUACCUUGCCAGAAAAAGUGGAACCGAUAAUUAUUAUCUUAGAUGUAAACCACUUUCUUCUUGCCAAGCGCAAAAACACUCGAAAUUUCUGCUGGCCAAAAAUCAACCCCUUUCAUAAAAGAAUAAUUCAAAAACAUGGCCUUGAAGAUUAUUCUUUGAUGUACUAA